AUGUCUUGUACCGAUAAUUCAACAUUUCUAUUUAUUUAUGAAAAUUGUCCUUCUUCAAGUGAGAAUGGACAAAUUAUAAAAAGGCAUAAUCGUAUUUUUAAAAAAAGAGAGGUCCCUAGAGAAUUACCGGAGCUUGUUGAUUUGUCUUUAUCAUGUCCCCCACCGCCGGACUUUAAUAUCAAUGCCAAUUAUUUCCUAAAGUAUUUUGACAGCGAUGAUGAUCCUUGGGUUCUACUAAUAAAAGCUGCUACUGGGCGUUAUUAUAAAAUGACGGAAGUUUCGAGCUUCAUCGGGAGAAAAUGGCAUGAUGAAUCCGAAGACCAUAAGGAAUUCUACAGAAAAAUUGCCAAAGAAGUGAAGGUUUUAUAUGAAAGGAGGUACAUAGAACUUUUUUCCAGCCCCAAUAACGGUCAUGUGAAUCUCAUUGCUAAGAAAUUCAGGAAAUCUGAUAAAAAAAAAUCACCAAAAAUCACUCCUUCAACCCUUCCACCGACGCAAACACCUCAAUUACCAACUCCAUUUCCGGUUAACUCACCUCAUAUUAUAGAUAGUAAUCAAACUUUUCCACGUUCACUUUCUCCAUAUAUAAACAGUAUUGUCAAUAGCGGAAGAUUAAUGAAUGGAAAUUACAGCAAUAACAAUUAUCAUGAUAAUGAUAAUAACUCUUUAAUUUGUGAUAGCAAUAUGUUUCUAAUGUAUUCUGUGGGAAACGACGACUAUCCUCUUUUUUAA